AUGUUCUGCUGCCUAAGAUCCUGUUUAAAUGGUAGUAUACAUCAGACAAACAAAACCGUGGUGAAUCGUGUGAAAGAACCAGAGAUUCAUUUAGAUGUUGCAAAUGCUGGUACUGAAGUAAUAUUACUAUCCAAUUAUCUACGCAUUACGGGUACUGGUGGAGCAUUGGGCACAGCACCAUUGGUCCAAUCAAAAUCCUAUUUCGAAGUGAAAAUUCAACAAAAAGGUAUUUGGUCAAUCGGUUUGGCUACACGACAAGCAGAUUUGGAUAAAAAAUAUGGUGGUUUGGAUAAGGAAAGUUGGUGUCUGUGUUCGGAUAAUGUUACUCGUCACAAUGGCGAAGAAUAUGGACCCGUGGUGGCGACAACAAAUGAACCAACAAAAACCAAUGGUGAUGUUAUUAUAAAUGGUACCACAGUUCCAGGCCUAAUCGGUAUUGAAGAUAUAAAUGAAGAUUUACUAUUGACAACGGGUCGUAGUGAUGGUGGUGGGGUAGAGGUGAAAAAUCCAAAUCAGGAAAAUAAUAGCACAGCGACGACGAAUCAAGAGAGGACGCAACAAAAUCCAUUUCCCGAUGAAGGUGAUAUUGUUGGUGUUUCAUUCGAUCACAUUGAAUUGAAUUUCUAUUUCAAUGGCAAGAAGUUGGAUGUGCCAUUUCAGAAUGUUAAAGCCAGUACUGUGUUUCCGGUUAUAUAUGUUGGUAAUGGCGCAAUUUUGGACAUAAUAUUGGAUAAUUUCCAUUAUCCACCACCAAAUGGCUUUGAACGGAUAAUGUUGGAACAAUCUCUAUUAUAAAAUUCAG